AUGGAAAAACUGCCACAGGAGCUGAUCAAUCGUAUAGUGUGGUUCGCAGAGCGUUACCCAGACCAAGAAAAGUGGCGUUGGGCGAUAGGACAAUCUUUCAAGCCCGAUGGUGCGCCAUCUCAGUUUCCUCGCCUUGCCAUUCUCAAUCGCACUUGGAAGGAAGCAGUUGAGACCAUUACAUUUCACCGUUUAGGUGUCAAGAGCGAUGAGCUCGAAUCGCUUCAGUCGAUUGUAACAGGAAAUCGUCGCAAGUACCUCUCCUGGAUCAGUUUCAAAGCGGAACUGCCAACAUAUUCGGAAGAAGCAUACGAACACAAGGAGUCACGACUUGAUCAGCAUGCCAACAACGAGGCAUUUACGAAAGCUAUUAGCGAUCUUUUCACCGCGUUGCGAACCUGGGAAGAUAAUGGUGUGAAGAACGGGGUGCGGCUCGACAUUGUGGGAGCUUCGUCGCCAACAGACUCUCGGGAAGUGGAUGAGCUCCAGAUUGAGCUUGGUGAAUGCAGGGAUAUCCAGUCCGCUCGUUGGGCAGACUCGCACCUGCGCCUUGUGCAACCCGAGAAUCUGCCUACAUUAUCUAAUGUGCAGCAUCUCACUAUCGAGAAUUGGGGCGGGCGAAAACUUGCCCCAAGCGUUGCACCAGAUUUAGGUGUGGCACUGCCGGAGCUCAGGACAGUGGACUGGGAGUUUCCAGACUGCGAGGCUGAUUCUGACGCGGGGUCGGAUCAGGAUUCAUUGGAUUCAGACUUUGAUGCGGAGUGGGAGUCGGCAACAUCUCCCAAGGCGCGCGCUGAGGCGCGCGCUGAAUUUGCCAACAAGCUCUCGAAGACGCAUUUCCGCUCGCUCAAUUCUGCCAACAUUGUCUUAUACCACUGCACUCCUUCAGACCAGAGGUACACAGUUCCGAGCAUUGUGCCAGAAGGCUACACAUACGACCCGUUCAGUUCAUCAAUCCGAACCUUCUCACAAUGUCUUACAACUCUCACUUUGAGUGCGCACGUCGACCCCACGCUAUUUUGGCCAUCAGAUGAAAACGCGGUUCCACCGUCUUGGCCACACUUGAAGUCGCUUGACAUCACAUUUGACAUGGUCGCUCCAUCUGGUAAAUGGUACUUCACUGGUUCAACACCGGCCUACGAUUCUGACGACGACCCCGAGCACGGAGUUAUUGGAAGUGUCGAUACACGCGAAUUCAGCUGGGCAGAUUUCCGGCAGCACCCCGACCCAGAGGUCUUCGAUCCUUUUCUCGGCGCGCUCGCAAAAGCAGUUACUCAAAUGCCAGUCCUCGAGUCCUUCAUGCUUACAUCUGAUAUGGUGGGUAAGACAGGGAAACUGCACAUUUCAUAUCACGCGCCGGGUCAGAGAGCGGAGUGGGGUGAUGAAGGGCCGGAAGACAAAGAUCACAGGAGGAUUUACUACGCGUGUGAGACUGGGCGUCCAAUGUGCAAACACCGCUGCUCUCUUGUCUUUAUCCGCAACGAUACCGCUCUCCGAAAAUUUGGUUCCGGCGCCAUAACGCUCGUUCAAUCUCACUUUCACUUUCGGCAUGCCCUGAUACUGUUCCUGUGCUAUUCCCCUACCUAUCUUCUCAUGCACACCUCAUCAUACAUACUGUUACCUUACGGCCUGAACAGCCAAUAUCAGAGUUGUCUUACAGGUGACAACGAUUUGCGAACACAAUGCGGACCGCCGCGAUUUUACACUGCAUCGUUACUGGAGCUGUCAAAGCUCGAUCAUCUUGUUACGCAGAGAAAGCUUAAGACUGCCGGCCAGCAACAAAACAGUAUGGGCUUCCAGCGCAGCACUAAGAAGAUCAACAUGGGCCCGGUGACAGGGAAAGAAAAGCGCGGUCGAGCAAAGCGAAAACCUCAAAUAUCUGUUCGCAAGAUAUCCCAAGCCGGCUCCAAAAGCGAGCCCAGUAUCCGAGUAGGCGCCUCACACAGUUUACCAAUCACGCUCGAUAGCGAUGAUGAUGCGCCAGCAAAAACUCCUUCGCGUUUGGCCCGUGAUCAUCCUGCCAUCUCACUCGUCGAUCCGACUUUAGGAGGCUUUCAUCAUGAUUUUCAAAAAUCCCAAAGGAACCAAGAUGCGUUGAAUGGAAGCGUCAAUACGCCACCCCAAAACACCUUUGCGCCCAAAAACUGCGUUCCGCGCCACUCUUCACCCGCGUCUACCAGCAGCACGAGGCAUCAGGAAAGAAGUAUUUUGCAAGGCACGACAAAGACACAGAGUCCUGUAAGCACCUUCGCGUACCGAGACGCGUCUUCGGAUGCUGUCCAAAGCCCCCUUAGUCGUGGAGAAGCAGCAGCAACUCACAAGCCUGUCGUAUGUCGCAAACGACGUCGGUUCCACAAUGCUACUACAGCAGAUGAGGGAAACAUGAGAACACAAGGGCCGCGCACUGACUCUGGAUGUUCGAACGCUAGUUCAAGGGUCCCAUCGACCAUGAUGGCUGAUGCCAAGACCUCGCGACUCCCCACUCAUAGAAGAUCCAACACGUCUACUCCCUGGGGGACCGAGUCGAGAGCCAAGCCUCUUACGGUAUGCAAGCAUGGGAGUAAGAACAUGAGUCUCCUGGAUAUUGAUGACUUCAAUAUGAGAAGCAAAGUCGCUCAACCGAUGGCUGUAGCACCGGCGCUUGCUGUCAUGGAUCUCUAUCACCUCAUUGUCGAUAGUGAAGGCGACUUACCUCGAGCCAGGAAACAAGCUAUUAGGAUGAGCGAGACACCAACAAUACGGUAUCGAUCUGCGUUGGAUAAGGAAGGUGAUGAAAUCAUGGUCAAGAUAGAUCCGAAUAAUCCAGCAUUCGAAUGGGAUGACGACGAGCCAUACACCAAAUUCAACACUGCCACAGCAGCUCGCCCAUCGAAACCAACUUUGAAAGCUACAAGAGCUGGCAAAUUUCUCGUCCCUGCGAUUGUGGAGCUCCAGGAUGACCAAAAAAUAAGUCCCGAGGACGAGUACAGAAUGGUGAACCAUGCGGCACAGAAAGCACUGAGGAUGAACAGCGAUUCACCUACUAGAGACCGGAUUGAACGUAGAAAAACGGGGAAGAGCAAAGUCAUAUCGGAAAUCACUGCACGAAAACGACGUGUUGUCGCAGACUCAGAUGAUGAGGAAGAUGAUACACUAUCAGCUCACUCCUCAUUACCCAGUGAGAAUACUGGCAAAAGAAAGCGAUCGGUAAUCCUGCCUCCUGGUAACACAAAGCGACAAAAGGAUGGCUUCCCGUCUAGCGCCGACAGUAAUAACGGCCAAAAUGUCAGGAAGUCAAAGAGGCCACGACAUGACUUGAACGCGGAGCUCGAAGAUCUUGGCAUCGACAUGGAAGGAUGGACUGCAUCUGAAGAUGCGUCUAGGACACUACAGCAGCGAAAAUAG